AUGCGUUCUCAGCCGCGGUUCUUGUCGCCCAGUCGCAAAUUACAGGCUGCACCCCGAAGGAGUGCAGCAAGAAGCGACUUGCCCACUACUGUCCGCGGGGGCGGAGCAACUGAAGUUACCAAACCCCCGCUAUCUGCUUGGCUUUACCCAAGGCUUACUUUUACGACAAAGGCCAAAGUACUUGGGACGAAGUACAACCUCAUGAAGGGGAACCUUAACUCUCCCCAAAUAUCCCCAAUCAUGACCCCCGCCGAUAACAUGGCGGGUGAUCCAGAAUGCGGACUGUGUCUCCAGUUUGCUUGGGAUUCUGCAUGUUCGCUCUUGCGACUUGUAGCUGCUGGCGAUGAUUUGCUGGCCAUAAAUAUCCCGUCUUCUACUGGCCUUCUCGUCUUUGCCCCUGGGCGUUUCGUUGGCCCAAAGCCAUUGACCCCGUUUCGUUCCUUUUCUGGGCUGGUCGUCACAUUCAAGCGAUAUUGGAACGCGUCUGGGGCAUAUCGUGGUUUUCAGCUGCUCGCCAAGGUGCGUGCGUUCGAAAUUGACGGCCAGGAUGCGCAGUAUGGGUUGCCGAGUGGCAUAGAGUGGGCGAGAGGCUGA